ACUCGACUCUCGAUCUUUGGCAGUUUACUACGGUAAUGCCUAGUCAAUUUAUUCGACGUGAUUUAUUUCGGAUAAAAUGAGCUCAUUAGGUCUUUGGAGUGUUUUUGCAAUCCUUCUUCAAAACGACCGCAGUGUAGUGCAAUAUCUACUGCUAAUUUAUCGUCAGUUACAAUCUAGCUCUGAGGAUCAGGCGAAAGCCCUCUUCAGCAUUACCAUUAGCUGGUUGAUUUUGGACUGCAAGCUGUCUCCGAUUCCCAACGAACUGCAUGAAGUGACGCUUAUGAAGUUGCUAUAUCUCUACGACCCUGAGGCGUGCGGGAGACUCCACUUUUACAACUACACCUUCAACAUUGACAGUAAAAUGUACACCAACGUCAUCUGGCCUGUCAGAAAUGAGGUGGCGUCUAGUUUUAGAAGCAAAAUCCGCAUAUGGCUCGCAUUCCAUCUUAUCUGGAUUAUACUAGGAGUGGUGAAUAUGACCCAAGGAUCGCGCCCUUGUGGUUUCUACGCAACACUCCUUCCGUUCACAUUGACAGGCCUGGCCCUAUUGAUUAUGGAUGUGGUUUAUGCUGUUUUGUUCCUGAUAGAUGCUAGAUAUGCUAACAGUGAAGCUGCCAUUCUCAGAUUCAUCAACACCCCCAAGCAUUACAUCCACUCCAUCACAAGGAUCGCCCCUCUCCCCAUCCAUAGUGAUGAUGAAGACACCUCCUGGAUCCCGGUGGUGAUAGCAUACAUCAGCGUGAGGGGCAUAGUGCCGUGGCUUGUCAACUUUUGGAUUGUCAAGGACAAUUACUAUGAAGGACUUGCAUUCUAUCGUCGUCUCCAAACUCAAAAUCCAAAAGACAAGCUGACAUCAAGAAGUUCGCACUUCUCACGGUUGUCGGUUUAAUAAAUAGCAAUGUUAUA